AUGGCAAAAAUUGUUGUAGAAGGACUGACUGACGUCGGUCAGCGAUUUGAAGAGAGUGUCACAGAGACUGACCAGUCCUUUAUGAAGGCAGAGUCUUAUGGCAUUCUGGGCCUGGGAUAACCCUGCUUGGCUGCUGAAAGGGUGACCCCAGUGUUCGACACAAUGGCCCAGAAGCUGGUGGAUCUACCCGUGUUUUCUGUGUACACGAGUAGUGACACAGGAGGUGGUGCAGGUAGCAAGCUGAUUUUCAGAGGCUAGGACCACUCCCAUCUCUCUGGGAACAUAGAUUGAGUCCCAGUCACCAAACAAGUCUACUGGCAGAUUGCAGUGGACACAAUCCAGGUGGGAGGCACCAUGAUGUUCUUCUCCGAAGGCUGCAGGCCAUUGUGGACCCAGGGACCUCCCUCAUCACAGGCCCCUCAGGCGGUAGCAAGCAACUGCACAGACCACUGGGGCAGAGCCCAUGGACAGGGAAUUGGGAGGCCUCUGAAUAGAUCCUCUGUGUUCUAUUUUUGUACACUCUGGAGUGUGUCAACAUCAGUGUCUUGCCGGAUGUCACCUUCACCAUCAAUGGGGUCCCCCACACCCACCAACCAACUGCCUACACCCUGCUGUUGCCUGUACUCAGGAAAUUCAUGGAUGGAAUGAAGUUCUUAAUCAGUGGUUUUCAAGGUUCUGACAUCCAACUUCCAGCUUGGUCCUUCUGGACCCUAAGCAAUGUAUCAUUAAACAGUUUUAUUGCCUUUGACCAUGGGAAUAACCAUGUGGGGCUGGCCCCAGCAGUCCCCUAAGCAGGGGCCUUGUGUCUCGUUUGACCUAAAGGUUUCAGCAGCCAUUGAUGAUCCUCGCUUAGAUCCACACUAUCACUAG